GCUAAGGUAGCCAGCGUCUAUGAAUCACCCGGCUUCUUUCUAGGGUUGGAUCCCAUUCCAGGAGCCCUUGAAGCCAUGCAGGAGAUGAUCCGCAUGCAGGACACUGAAGUCUUCAUCUGCACAAGUCCUCUCCGGAAAUACGAGCACUGCAUCGUGGAAAAGUAUCAGUGGGUAGAGAAACAUUUGGGACCCGAGUUUGUGGAGCGGAUCAUUCUAACCCGAGAUAAGACCGUCGUAUCCGGCGACCUGCUGUUUGAUGACAAGGACACCAUCCGAGGCGCAGAGCCGAACCCAAGCUGGGAGCACAUCCUGUUCACCUGCUGCCACAACCGGCACGUGGAGCUGCCGGCCCCGCGCCGCCGCCUGCUCUCCUGGGCCGACGACUGGAGGGGCAUCUUGGCCAGCAAGCGCCAGCGGUAA